UUAUCUUUAUCUACAUUUCCAAGCGAAAUAUGGAGAAUGAAAAUAAUACCACUCUCAGUGAACAAAAAACAGAAUCUCCCAAAGAGGACUCACUUCUGCCCAUCGUUGAGAAGGGACUUUUCUUCCAUGAUUCUUACUUCGAGGAUAUUCGGAAGCACUUUGAGACAGCCAUCGACCAAAUCCUGGAUACGUGGGGAGAGGCCACGUCCGUGAGUGAUCUCAUGAGUAGCUACAGACGUAUAAGAGAGCGCAAUUUGCAGCAAGAGAACCAAGUCAUGGCCUUCAGCGAAGACGACCAGAAUCAUAAGGUUGUGCUGGAUGUUCAUGACUUCAAGAGUGGAGACGUUAAGGUCAGAGUGGAAGACAAUCAGGUGGUGGUGGAAGGUAGAGUGGAAAAGGAAGAGGACGAAUUCAAGUCCAUGAAAAGCUUCUGUCGACGCUUCAACUUCCCAGGCAAAGUGGCUAUGGAGGGCGUGACUUCUGCAAUGUCCUCCGAUGGCGUCUUGACUAUCGCAGCUCCGAAGAUUCCACAGGCAGCAUAG